GCUUGGGGGGGGUGGGAUCCCUUCCUUGGGGCGGUCAAAGCAUUUCGGGGGCCUCUGUUUGCUCUGUAAGCUCUGUGAGCUCUGUGAAGUUUAGCGCUGAACCGGCAGAAUCCCAGAAGCUCCCUGGCGAGCGCUGGGACACGUAGACUAACCAACCUUGGGUUAACCUUAGACGUCAGGCCGCUGAAGCUCGUCAAUCGUCUCCGUUCAUUCGGUUACUCGCAUCUCAUUUCAUUUCAUUUCGUUCAUUGCAUCGCUUCAUUCCACCAUCGCGACUGCAUCUUUUGACUGCAAACAACAACCGCAAUCCCCAAGAAACCCCCCGCAUGCGAGCGACGACCCAUCCUUCCGAAUUCUCACCUCCUCACGUCUUCGUUCAUGACACAUACCACUAGCUGAGCGACUCCCUACAUGCCUGUCGCAACGGGUGCUUCGACUUUGAGCUGAGCAUCAAACUCUUGGGCGCACAAGUCCCAUCAGACGUAUCAACAUGGCUUCACCACCUGCCUACUCGCCUGCGGGCUCUCCCCCAUACUCCUCCGCCUCGCUCCCAGCCUCCAAGAAGCGAAACUCCACCUCCGUCGACACUUCAUCUAUCAAGCGCCGAAAGACGUCAGUCAUGUCCGCAACAUCCGCCGUCUCAGCCCACCCUUUGCGCCAGACAUCCUUCCCACCAGAAGAGUCGGGCGGCCGAUACUCUCCAACAUACCAGCGCUCACCCAGCGCCGACAACAUGAGUCUCGUUAGUGGGAGCCAGGUGAGCGCCGCGCCUGCCAAGAAGAAGCGCGGCCGCAAAUCAAAGGCGGAGAGGGCACGAGAAGCCGCCGAGGAAGCUGCAAGAGGUGGCACCCCAAGCGCCGCCAACGGCGCUGCUCCCAGUAUCAUCAGCAACGCCAGUGGCGCGAAGAAAGCGGCCGACGACGAUGAUGCCGACGGCGGGGGUGGACCCGGAGACUACGAGGAUCCUGAUAAUCUGGCCAGUCGAGCAGCUGCGCGAACCAAGGAUGAGAUCAAGGAGGAGGAGCGGAUUCGCGCCUUACUGAAGCAGAAGAUGGACGACAACCAGUUUCAUCGUUACGAGGUCUGGCAUCAGUCCAAGAUUCAAAUUGGCAAUAUUAGAAAGUACAUCAACUCGGUCACAUCUCAGUCGGUUGCAGCCAAUAUACCCCAAGCCAUGCAAGUCGUCUGCAAGUUGUUCCUCGGCGAUAUGAUCGAAGAGGCAAGACGAGUACACGAGGAGGAGAUCCGAGCAGGCGUCAAGCAGACCGACCUUCCAGACGAAAAGGAGAACGAGGAAGGUAUCAGCAACCAAUCGAAGCACCGUCGUCAGGCGCCCCUGCGGCCCGAGCAUCUUGCCGAGGCCUAUCGAAGAUGGAAAGCCUCUGGUGCGACUGGAGGCUCUGGCGGCAACACCCUAGCUUGGAGUCAGCAGACAAAGAAUGGCACCGAGAGGUUUGCUGCUCGCGCCGGCGGUCGAAGAGUCUUCAGAUAAUUCUUGCUAUUUUCCCUGAUACUCGACGAUCAGGACCUCGACUGGGCAAUGUUGUACGCUGCUGUCGUGCGGCAACGGACUGGAAUUCAUCAGAGAGUCCGAAGCAUUUCAUAAUGGUUUGGGGUCAUCAGCGGCGUAAUGAGCAUGGCACAAUAGGGGCAUGGUUAUCUGGUGUUUGAGCGCAAGGAUGUGGUCUUUAAUCGGAAUGGUACAAAGAGCAUGGUUAAUUGAGGGUCUCGCGAUGGGGGCAUAUGGCUCGAUGUUCUCUGCAUGAGUUCGCGAGUUCAGGUUAUGCUACGAUGUUGUUUAGAAAGGGAGGCAAGGAGUUGACGAGUUCAAACAGAACCACGAUACCCGCAUGACACUCUAAAGUCAGCACAAUACACAUUUUCACACACAUGUACUUACACCCGUCUUGGAUUCAUCCGCAAGCCGUGUUAGCCAAUUAUGAAGAGAGGUUUAGUAACA